GGGGGGGUGGGGUGCAGCAGACAGGAAAGGUCCUGGGGAGGAUGAGAAGAGGAGAAUGGAGCCCCUCUGUCAACUCCCCUCCCAAAGGUUAUGGCAUUUUUUUCCUGGGAUUGUCACAUUUUCUUAUUCUUUUUUUGGACUGGGCGGGCUCGGGGACGUUCUUUUUCCUUCUGUGGAGCAGAGCAGCAGCCGCUCCCGAGGGAGUCUCUGUCCCCAGAGGCCAAACUUGCUGCCUGUCCAGCUUCUCCCAUCCCAGACUUAGGGGUCAAAGCCUGGAGGGGCCGGGGAAGGGGAGGGAGCCCCCUCCUGCAUGCCCAGAUGAGGGACAGGAACCCUGGUUCAGACCCUGUACCCCCACCAGGAAAGAGAGCAGGUGUCCCAGGGGCACAGGUGGCCCCAGCCAGCCUGAGGAGGAUGCAGGGAGCCAGGUCCAGGGGUGGGUGACCAGGUCCAGGGCCUACAGCCAGGACAGAAGGGACGGCCUCUCCCCCAUCCUCGCCCCAAACUUGGCCCCCAGCGCCUGGGCCCUGCACUCUCAGGCAGGUUCCCUCCUCCAGUUCAGAGCUGAGCUGGAGAAGGUAGUCUAAAGGGGUAUAGUCUUAAGGGUGCUGGGGGGUGGGUAUUGGGGCCCUGCCCCCACUCACAGUGGGUGGGGGUGCAGAGGAGGAAGAGCGGCUCUGCCUGGGGAAGUCACAGCCCGUCUGGGGUACAGCUACCAGACCUCAGAUGUUGCCACACCCCUUCCUUUCCCUAGAAACUUGACCCCUGAGGGGAGGCAUGCUGUGGGGCUGCCGCUUCCCCAUCUGUUCGCUGGAAGCCUGUGGGACCCAGUUGGAGGGUCUCCCUCACAGUGAUCUCAGGGGAAGCCAGGCGGGCGGUGAGCCGCCAAGGUCCCACAGGACCCUACACCUGGGCCCCAGAUUUGAGUCAGGGCAGUGGCCUCUGCACGCCCACGCCGUGGAGGCCGGGGUGCCCCAAGUGUGUAUAUCUCGGGCUGUCACCUCUGAGCACAGCACCUGGUCAGGGGCUGGGAUGCAGGAGCUGCCUAGCCUGGUGACUGCCCCGGGGCCUGUCCCAGAGCGUCCACUCUCCUCUGCUGCCAUCGGACACCCCAAGAGGCCAAGACGGCGGACCAAAAAGACGUUAAAAGGCGAAGAGCUGAGGGAUGGGAGGGAGGAUGAGAAAAUAAAGUGAAACCGAGUCGGGAGCAUCUCGCGGCGGGGUUUCGGAAAGACCCCAGGCUGCGGCGAGGGUCCUGGAGCAGGCAGCACGGAGGCCCGGCAACCCCUGCCACCCACCCAUGCCCACCCCGCCUGAGGCUGAGCAGCAGCACGCAGGGCCCGAGGAGGCGGACCAGCGCCGCUCGAUGUCCGGCCGUGACGCGGCCCCGCCGGCGGCGCCCGGCCGAGACCCCUGCUGCUUGUGCUGGUGCUGCUGCUGCAGCUGCUCCUGGAACGAAGAGCAGCGGCGAGCGUGGCGGGCCUCCCGGGAGAGCAGGCUGCAGCCCCUCCCCAGCUGCGAAACCUGCGCAGCGCCGAGCCCCGAGGAGGUGCGGAGCUGGGCGCAGUCCUUCGACAAGUUGAUGCGCAGCCCGGCGGGCCGCAGCGUGUUCCGGGAGUUCCUGCGCACGGAAUACAGCGAGGAGAACAUGCUCUUCUGGCUGGCCUGCGAGGAGCUCAAGGCUGAGGCCAACCAGCACGUGGUGGACGAGAAGGCGCGGCUCAUCUACGAGGACUACGUGUCCAUCCUGUCCCCCAAGGAGGUGAGCCUGGACUCCCGGGUGCGGGAGGGCAUCAACAAGAAGAUGCAGGAGCCGUCAGCGCACACGUUCGACGACGCGCAGCUACAGAUUUACACGCUGAUGCACCGAGACUCGUACCCCCGCUUCCUCAGCUCCCCCACCUACCGCGCCCUGCUGCUCCGGGGGGGCUCCCAGUCCUCCAGCGAGGCCUAGGCCACCCACCGCGGCUGCCCCUUCGCAGGACCCCUCCUGCAGGCAGAGACUCCUUUCACAAGAACGCUUCAGCAGGUGUCGGGCACACCUGCUGGGCUCAGCGCCCCAGGGCGGUCCCAGGCAGGAGUUCCAGGUGCAGGGCGGGCCAGAAGCCCCCUUCCCCACCCAGAAGACCCAGCGCCCCAAGGUCUGGCUGAGAGGCAGACGUGAGGGCCUCUGGACCCAGGUAGCCCCUCCCACACCAACACCUCCCACCGCUGCUGGCCACUGAGCACUCCUGCUGGGGUUCCCACGUGGUGAAAGGAGGCACCCUCCCUGGAAGCAUCCUGGACCCACAAACCUCACAGAUCCUCCUCACCAGGCCCCUGGGGGCCCUGAGAAAUGCCAUUGGUGGAGAACAGAACCUCUGUACUGUCAAGUUUUGUGACAAAAGAAGACCUCCAACUGGUACCAUCUGCACCCUGGUAUCAGACCCAGGACCUCAGAACCAGGCUCAAGGCAGCAGGACCCAGUUUCUCUUUUAUAUGUUCAUUGAGUUUAAACCAGGAAACAUGUCACUGUGUGUUUUAUCAAAAAAAGAAAAUGUUUUCAUAUUUAACUCCACUCUUCUCCCCAGAAUAGAA